AUGCUGAAAUUCAUUGUAUCUUUGUAUGUUGAUGACUUGAUCUUUACCGAAAAUAAUCUAGUGAUGAUUGAGAAGUUUAAAAAGGAUAUGAUGGCUAACUUUGAGAUGAGUGACUUGGGAUUGAAGCAUUAUUUUCUCGUAAUGGAAGUGAGCCAAGAAGAAGAUGGAAUUUCCUGUUUACAGAAGAAAUAUGCAGAAGACUUGCUGGAGAAAUUCAACAUGUUAGGUUGUAAGUCAGUAGCAACACCGUUGGUUCCUAAUGAGAAAUUGAGAAAAGAAGAUGGUGUCAAGAAAUUGGAUGCAUCAACCUACAGGAGUCUUGUAGGAAGUUUGUUUUACUUGUGCAAUACCAGACCAGAUAUCUUGUUUGUCACAAGUUUGUUGUCAGGAUUUAUGCAAAGUCCGAGUCAAGUUCAUUUUGGAACUGCUAAGAGAGUUCUCAGAUAUUUGCUAGGAACAAUCAGCUUUGGCAUAUCGUAUGAGAAAAGACUAGAAUCAAAAUUAGUUGGCUUCACUGACAGUGAUUGGGCUGGAUCUAUUGACGACAAGCGGAGUACUUCAGGACAUUGUUUUGGUCUUGGAUCUGGUAUGUUUUCAUGGAGUUCGAAGAAGCAAGGAAAUGUUGCUUAG